AUGAAAAGAAAAGAUAUUAAUACUUUACAAUUAGUAUAUGAGAAUGAAGAAGUAUUACCUUUUAAAACAAAUACAUGGUUACGUUUAAAAAAAUUAGUUUUAUCAGAAGAUAAAAGUUUAGAAACAGUGAAUGAUAUUUUAUCUAUUAUACAAUCUAUAAAAUCUCGUGAUGUUUACAAAGGAAGAUUGGCACUUGAUGCAACAUAUGAAAUAUUUCUAGCGUAUAAAAAUAUUUUAAAAACAAACAAUUAUUUAAUUAAUGAUAUAGAAUCAUUGGUGAGAUCUCUUGGUGUCUCAAUAAAUAGAGUUAUCGUUCAUCUUCAAGAAAUAGAAAGUGGUUUAACGGAUAAAUCUCCAAAAACUAUACGAUCUACAUUAAGAUAUUUUAAAGCUGAUCUUAAUAUAGCUGAUAUUAGGAAUGAUUUUACCCAUGGUGAUAUUCCAAAUAUGUUUAUAUUGAAAGAAGCUGUAGAUGAGUUGUUUCGUAUAAUUAUUAAAAAUUAUUGGGAAAAAUUUGAUGGAGAUAUUCGAUGGCCAGAAGAAGAUUUUUCUCGUAAAGAUGAAAUAAUAGAUGGAGAACCAUUAAGUUAUCAAGCAUUUAGAAAAUUGGGAUACGCAAAAUUUCUAGCUUCAGCUAUUGAAGAGGAUUGUAAACUUUUUAUAACAUCCCUUUUGUCAACUGAUUGUUUAAUUACUUAUAAUAGCAUGUAUGAAGAUUUAUUAGAUUUUACCUACAAUCCACCAUUAUAUUGUAUUGUUUCAAUGAGAUAUAUAUUUCAGUUAAUUUGUGAAAACGGGGAUAUUUUUAAUUUAGCUAUAUUUGCUGCUGAAAUGGCUUAUGAUGACAAAAAUAAAAAGCACAUAAAAGCACAGUAUAAAUAUUGGACAGGAUGGUUAAUUAGAAAAAUUGCUACAGAAAAAAUAGUAGAUGAAUGGGAAAUAAAAGAGUUAAAGAAGUGGUCUGCUAUUUUAAAAUUGAAGAUUUGUAUUGAAACAAUAAAUAAGAAUUAUAAUUUUAUAGAUGAUAAUUUUGAAAAUAAGUAUAGUAAUUAUCCUGAUUUAAGUGAUCAAACAAGUGAUGAUGAUUGUGUAAAAAUAUCGUAUAGUUCUGGACCAUGGGGUGUAUGA